UUUUUGCGUUCACAUCUGUUCUUGUUCUUAGGUCUUGAGUUGUGUUUUAUGUUUUUGUCAUCUCUAGUGUAUUGUGACGCCCAAUUAUUUCGUAUAGUUGUUUGCAUUGGAGAAUUAGUUUAGUAUUUUUAUGGAAAUGACAGGAACUUGAAACUCUACCUACAGUAUAACAUAAAUCCUAACCCAACAUUAGGAUUGUUUUAAUUUUCUCAAGUUAGGAAUAAAUAAAAACAACAAUGAACAAGGUUAAGGCUAGGUCUGGCGUUUUCAAUUACAAAUGGCUACGUCAACGAGAAAUUGGUUGUAAGCCUUCCAUAGGAUCUCAGGACUGUUUUAUGAAAAGUCUUUAUUCUAAUAUUAUGCCCUGUUCAACCUGGGACUAUAAUGAUUCUUUACAACAUUCUAUGCCAGGUGGUGUCUUCAACUUGGAAUUUUCACCUGAUGGAUCUUUACUGGUUGCUGCCUGCGAGAAGCGGAGUAUACUGAUGUUUGAUCCUCUAUCAAGGAAACUGAUACAUGCUGUGGAUAAUGCCCACUUUGAUUGUGUCAAUUGUGUCAGGUUUUUGGAUUCGCGGGUGUUUGCAACAUGCAGUGAUGAUAGCACUGUAGCACUGUGGGAUGCCCGCAACUUGAGGUCUCGUAUUCGCACCCUACAGGGCCACUCUAACUGGGUGAAGAACAUAGAGUUCUCUCAGAGUGACGGGCUGCUGGUGACUUCAGGGUUCGAUGGUAGUAUCUACACCUGGGAUAUCAACAGCUACACAGAAGUUGGUUUUCUAUACAAACGGGUAUUUCACACUAAUGGAUUAAUGCGUACACGUCUGAACCCAGAUGGGUCGAAAAUGAUCAUCUGCACAACAGGAGGUUACCUUAUCUUAAUACAUGACCUUGAUCUUAAGACUCUUCGAGAAGAUCUUGAAGGAUUUAAGCCCAACAUGUAUCGACUGAUGCAACUGUCACAGACCACAAUCCCUGUGGCUGCCAGCUUUACACAUCUUUUCUCACACAAACGGAAGAGCAAUCGUAUUGAAUUUGUGACAGACUUCCCUGACGGAGAUGACGCAGAAGUUGUAUCUUCAUUACAGGUACAUCCACAGGGGUGGUGUGCUCUCAGUCGCAAUAUCAGCAAUGAUGAGAACUCAGAGUGGACCUGUAUCCAUGACAUCCAGGAACCAUACCAACCAGAGUUUAUGGAGGAAUUACCACCGGAUGCAGGCGGAGGUGCAGCCCAAGCGGAUAACACAGAAGAAGAGGACCAGGAUGUUAUACAAGGAAUGUUUGUGAUUGACUCAAACUCUCGUGCAAGGGUGGUGAAUACUGACAUGGAGACACGCCAGAGGCCUUACCGCAGAUUGCGCACAUUGAGUACUCUCAGCAGUAACAGCAGCUCUCCAUUUCGAGGCUUCCCUGCGGCUGAACCUGCAGCCAUCCCUGUACGGGACAGCAACAUUGUGGUGACAUCGACUGACGUGUGGGAGGCGCUGCUCGCCAUCAGAGAGGCCAGGUCACGAAGAGAACGGAACCGAGUACAAGACCGGCGUGUUGGAGGAAGUGGUAUAUUGAUGCCAGACCAAGAGCCUCACACAAGGUUCAGGAUCGUGAGGAUGUCAAGUGGUUUAGCCCUAGCGGACGUUUCACAUGGCAGGGCUCAGAUGGGCAGUGAUGAGGUCGUAGUUCCUCAACCACAUUCCACCACCUCGAGACCGAGUGGAGGCCAAGCUGAAGCACCGGAGGAACUGGAUAAUUCCCGGCGUGCCUUGUCUGAAGCACUUAGUGACAACUCUGUAGCAUCAAUCAUCAUCCGUUACCGACGUCCUCAGCCCAGUGAGAACGAGCCGGAGCAAGCACAAGUACCCAGACAAGAAGAAGCUCAACCAAGCACAUCCUCCGCUCCUAGAACUAUCGUCAUUCUUGGAUCCAACCCACCGAAUCCUGCACGCUUACGGCCUACCCGGCCUACUGGAUCCAGAAUAAAAGUCCCGAAAAACCACAAAAUUCAUCAAAACAUACCGAGACUAUCCCAUUACAUAGAGGAACCAAAUGUCGGUCGGGGUUUUAUCAAAGAGCUAUGUUUCUCUUCAGACGGUAGGUUGAUAUGUUCACCAUUUGGAUAUGGGGUGCGGCUGCUGGCAUUCUCGCCAGAGUGCUCAGAGCUGUCUACAUGUGUUCCUAAAGAUGGAGCUGUCAAGUUGUAUGAACUGGGAACUAAUGUGUGUCAUGCAGAUAUAGUCGUUAGUACAAAAUUUUCUCCCCGGCACUGUUUAUUAGUCUCCGGCUGCUUAACAGGCAGAAUAGUGUGGCAUCAGCCAGUCGUGUGACUUGGUCUGAUAUUUAUCAUUUAAUAUAUGAAUAAAAUAUUAUAAUAAGUUUUGAAACGUGUAUAUAAUUGCGUACAAAGCAAUGAAACUUAUUGGCAAAAUGCUUUUGUUUGUUGUGUUAAAUAGAUAAACAAUUAAUUUGAUUACUUAGUUUUUGUAAUGAAAAAUGUUUUUACUAUUGAAUUUUUAUUUUAAUACAUAAGAAUUGAUGUAAACUUGUUUAGGAACUAGCUUACAGCAUCUCUGGCAUUUUGUAUUUUAUAUUCUCUUUUAUUUUAAACAGUUUCACACAACUUAAACUAGUUUGAGUUAUAAACCUAAGUGAUUAUUGAAAAAUUGAACAUCAAAAGAAACCUGUGGUGGUUAAAUUAUUUCAAAAUUUCUAGCAGAUCCCCUACUGAGUUUAAGCAUAGUAAUUUAAGUUACAAAUACAAUCAACAAUGAAUUUAAUUAUCAUUGAGAAAUAUUACAUACAUCUCAGUUAUAACAGUUAAGAGAGCAGUAGGUUUUAUUAUGUACUGGUAAAAAUAAUGUUUGAUAUCUCUUUAGAAUUUGCUUAUUCAUACUUUUAAUAUUAA